AUGAUAUCUCGCAAGGGACUUGCAAUUGCAGCCGUCACGCUGCUGGCGCUCUUCGUCGUCGUGAUGCCAAGCCCAGUUUCCGCGCAAGAUUCCCUCGAAUGCGAAAAGGUCUGGAAAGGACCCAGCGCUAAGAAUAGCAUGGUGGAUUGUGUGAAAAAUUCGGAUCGCAUCAAGGAUCAAUUAACCCUUGCAUUGCCCUUUUUUAACAUACUGCUCCUUGUUGUAAUCUUACUUGGAUUCCCUAUUUCCAUUGUGAUAAUGUUUCUUUUCACUAAUAUUUUUGAAGCUACCAUUAAAAAAAUUACAUUAAAUUCCCCUCUCCUUCUCUGGAUGUGGAUAACGUACACCGUGUUGUGGGGUUGUUGUAUGUUGAUUCUUGUGGUUAGUGGCGCCAAGACGCUGAUAAAAUAUUCUCCAUCUAUUUUUGAGAAAACAUUGGAGGGACCUUUGGUUUAUUUCAAUGAAACAGCAGAAAGAAUUAUUGAUUUUACAUCCAAUUGGUCUACGGGUGAGCGUGUGCCGUUAAGUUCUUUUGAAGCAACUAUAGCCCCUCUAACCAAGGUUCAGACUCAAGUUAAAACGUAUACAGACUUGUAUGAAAAGAAUUUUCUCGGAUACGUAGACAAACUUGCGUCUGUUUCCUAUUCUAUUAGUUCAAUUGGUUUUGUGAUUAUAUUAUCUUUACUUCCUCUUGCUUUUUUUCGAUUUUCUAAUUUAUACAUAUUACUUGGUGCCUCUUGUGUGUACUGGAUCUUUGGGAUUUUGUUUGCAGUCUUCGGUCUUUCUAUGAGUGUACUGAGUGUCUAUCUCUCGGCUGGCUGUGGUGAAGUGGAGCUGCACCAUCAAAGAAAACCAGGUGUAUUUCAGUGGUAUCUUAUCCCACUCUGUCAAUCAAUGUUUAGCAUGGAUAGCAUCCGUGAGCAGGUGCGGAGGGCUGAAUUUCAGUAUUCCAGAGACGGCUGUAAUAAACUCUUGAGGGCCUGUGAUGAUAAUGAUCCAGAUCUUACUAAAGGACCACCUGAACCUACAAAUGCUUCUGCACCUGCUCCUGCUCCUGCAGCGGCACCUGCACCUGCACCUGCAUCUCCAAAUAAUACUUCCCGAAAACCGUUAGCUGUUAAGGCAAGCAAAGUUAAACUUCGCAGCCCUUAUUCAGAGAGUGGAGGUACUAUUACGAGAGACAAACUUCAACUUAACCUUGGUGGUGGUGGUGGUGGCGGUGGUGGUGGUAAGGGUGGUAAUACAUUGGCUAAUGCCCUUGCUAACGCUAUUGCCACCUCUAGAAAGACUGGUAGUUCUACUGUUAAACUGAAGCUACCUAAAGCAUUUGAUAAAUUUAAAAUAUAUAAAGGAUUGGGCUCUAAGGAAAUAACGAAAAAACUGCAAGAUGCUUUGCAACGAGGGUAUGAUAUUAAUACCAUUACAAGUAUUGCUGCUAGACCUUUUAAGUGUGGUAAGAAUAUCACAUCAAGCGAUCAAUGCACAGAUUUCGACACAAUGGCUGACGUGCUUAUCGCAACCACUGUUAAGAAGGUCACAUCACUUUGUCCAAAAGAGGGUGUGAUUUGUAAUCUUACCGAGUGUGCUUCACACUGCAGAAACGAAGAAUUCAGGGCAAUUUCAAAGAGAAUGUUAGACGCAGCAUUAAUGGCACGUAAUGCAAGUAUUGCUGUGUCGUACGUCAAGCCUCUCUUGGAAUGUAACUUCGUUGUCGACAAGUUUUCAGUUGCUCUUACGAACUGCAAUGAACUGAGGAGAGGGGCUUUUUUGCUCGGCAUGGGAUUCUUUGUUGGUGGACUGAUGUUUGGUCUUGCCAUCUACAUCAUCAUUCAAGGUUCCUAUCUGUGGAAACUGCCAAUUGAAAAGGGGGAUGACACACAUUCCAAAGGAAUCAGUGAUACUCAUACAAGCAGUAUUGACACUUUACCCAGCGAUCCAUCUCCCCAGGGAAUUGAAAAUAAGAUUGAUACAGAGCCUAUGGAAACGAGUGAUAUUCGUACAGGCAGUAUUGACACUCUAGCGAGCAUCCCAUCACCCCACGAAACUAAAAAAAAGGUUAACACUGAACCCAUGGAAAUGAGUGGUAUUCGUGUGGGCAGUAUCAACACUUCAUCCGGUGUCCAAUCUCCCCAAGCAAUUAAAAAGCAGGUUGAUAAAAAGCCCAUGGAAAUGAGUGGUAUUCGUGUGGGCAGUAUCAACACUCCAUCCGGUGUUCAAUCUCCUCAAGCAAUUAAAAAGCAGGUUGAUAAAAAGCCUAUGGAAAUGAGUGAUAUUCGUGUGGACAGUAUCGAUACUCCAUCCGGUGUCCAAUCUCCUCAAGCAAUUAAAAAGCAGAGUGAUAAAAAGCCUAUGGAAAUGAGUGGUAUUCGUGUGGGCAGUAUCAACACUCCAUCCGAUGUCCAAUCUCCUCAAGCAAUUAAAAACCAGGUUGAUAAAAAGCCUAUGGAAAUGAGUGAUAUUCGUGUGGACAGUAUCGAUACUCCAUCCGGUGUCCAAUCUCCCCACGCAGCUCACGAACCAGAAGAAGAAAAUGAAGACUGUGCUCAAUGGUACUAA